AGUUCUGAUUUCGAAUCGUCAACAUGUCGGAGACCGCUCCCGCCGCCCCCGCUGCUGCUCCGCCUGCGGAGAAGGCGCCUGCCAAGAAGAAGGCUGCCAAGAAACCCGCAGGGGCUCGGCGCAAGGCGUCCGGACCCCCGGUGUCCGAGCUCAUCACCAAGGCCGUGGCCGCCUCCAAGGAGCGCAGCGGCGUGUCCCUGGCCGCGCUCAAGAAGGCGCUGGCGGCCGCCGGCUACGAUGUGGAGAAGAACAACAGCCGCAUCAAGCUGGGGCUCAAGAGCCUGGUGAGCAAGGGCACGCUGGUGCAAACCAAGGGCACCGGCGCCUCCGGCUCCUUCAAGCUCAACAAGAAGGCGGCUUCCCGGCGAGUCCAGCCCAAAGCCAAGAAGUCGGGCGCGGCCAAGGCUAAGAAGCCUGCGGGCGCAGCCAAGAAGCCCAAGAAGGCGACCGGUGCUGCCACACCCAAGAAAGCCGCCAAGAAGACCCCCAAGAAGGCGAAGAAGCCGGCUGCUGCCGUGACCAAGAAAGUGGAGAGUCCGAAGAAGGCUAAGGUUGCCAAGCCCAAGAAGGUCAAGAGUGCUCCAAGGACUGUGAAACCGAAGGCUGCCAAGCCCAAGGUUGCUAAGCCAAGAAGGUUUCAGCCAAGAAAAGUAGGCUGUCUUCCUCCUUAACCCAAAGGCUCUUUUCAGAGCCACCACUCCCACUUUAAAGAGCUGUGACAUUUGUGUAAUACUCCAUUUCUUCCUCCUUGCGUUCCGCAGAAGCAGAGGUUGCGUGGGAUGCAAUCAGACAGCGCUCCGCGGGAGUGGGGUUUCCCUGUCUCACCUAGGGUGAUGCUUGAGCUGUGGGCUGAGUAGCCGAGAAGGGCUGGUGCGGCCUCCCCCAUAGCUGUCAACAGCAGAUAGCACCCCCCUUGGCGCUAGCCAAGCGUCGGACUGUAGGUUAUUUGAAAGUUCCGCCCUGCUUGCGGGUUGGUUCACUCCCGCUCAGGACUUUAGUCCUUAGUUUGAUUGGGGCGCCAGUCGGUGUUGCGUUCUCUAGAAGCUUUCGCUUCUUGCUUGGAAGAAACGCAUCCCGGACCCUUUCCCAGGGCGUUUUAUGUGCCCAGCGUCUCCUGGAAGUGUUGUGCUGGCGCCGACGAACUUAGUAUAAAAGCGAUAGCUGUGGAAAAGGACCCACCCGCCCAGAUAUGCCGGACCUGGGACUUUCGGUUUGUUUGCUACAGCAAGGGAGUGGUGGGUCGAACGCGUCCACAACCGUGGUCAGCCAUUUUUUUUUUUCCCCAAAAGGCAAUAACUUGUGAUUGUUUGACUUGUUUGCCUUCUUCUUGACACAGGGUCCUCAUUUUAGACUUCUCGAACUGGCAUUCCCCUCCGCCUCCUGAAGUACUACUAAGUUGUAGUUAUUGUUGACUAACUAUCGACCUCCACAUUAUUACAUACUGAUAUGUAUGCUCUGUGCAGUCCAAAAUAUUUAAUAUAGAGUAAAUUAACUGCCUAUCUGUUGACGAUGUAUUGGAAUACAUCCAAUAAAGCCUUUAGUUUCGUUCAA